UUCGCAGGGCUUAGUCUUUCUGUUUGCUUUUGCUGAGAAAGAUUGCUUUUUGUUCUGAAGUUGCCGGCUGCGUUUGAUGGAGGCAGAGGCCACUUCGUAUUUAGGCUUUGGCAGACAUAGAGCAGAGGAAAUGCUGGAUGGACCCUCGCUUGGAUUUUUCGUGCAUCACAUAACAGAGAUGGGAGUUAUUCAAAGACCCAUAAGGAGGAAAUGGUAACACAGACACACAGAGAGAAGAGGAUCGGUGCCUUCUGAGAAGUGUACUGGCUUCCAGCGUAAUGAGCAAUGUGUGAACUUGUUAACUAGGCUUAUUCUCUUUGACCUUAAUUUAAAUUGAGGAUUAGCCAUCUCAUCAGAGUUCUUGGUGGAAAGCCAAGGCUUGUUUUGCCUUGGGCAAAACUCAAAAGGAGGAUUGGGAAGGAAAGUAGCUGCUCAUCCCUCAGAGGAAGCUUUUGCAUAUUUCCUUUGGCAGGGAACUUGAAGCGAUUAAAAAGCGAAUUUAUUUGGAUUGACUUCAAGAAGAGAAAAACACACCACAUUUACAUUUAUUUCCGUAAUGGAUUUGGAUCAGUUCUGUACCUUAACCCGGGAGCGUCCUGUUUAUCUACCUGGAUUCAGCUCAUCAAAGGAUCCAAGAAUUUAUUGAUAAUCUCUGCGUUCCCAUGCAAUGGAGCUCCGUAAGAGGGUGAAGCCGAAACAUGGCCUUUCACAAGAUGCGCCGUCUGAAGGCAGAUGUAACCAUAACGCUAUGUCGGGAACGCAGGAGGGGGGAAAAGGAGGGGUUUCUUUGCUUGGGCGAUCCGGUUCCCGUUCCCAUUCCGGUUCAGGCGUUUCACCCCGGCGGCCUUGGCAACAGUGUGUUUCCAUGGCAGCAGGGCUGUUAGUGGCUGUGCUGCUGGCACUGACUCAGGCCUGGUGUGUGAACGGCUUACAUGAGAAUCUGCUGUGGUUCUCGCAGCUCACGGAAGUGGAGAGGGAGAUCUCCUUUCGGACAGAGUGUGGACUAUACUACUCCUACUAUAAACAAAUGCUGCACGCCCCAUCAAUACAAGAAGGCCUCAAAGAAUUGAUCCAUGACAACUUGACAGAAUCCAAGAGGACCAUCAACCUCUUGCAGCGAAUGAAUAUCUACCAAGAGGUCUUUCUCAGUGUUCUCUACAGAUUGUUGCCCAUACAGUCAUAUUUGGAGCCCGUGUACUUUUAUAUUUACACAGUGUUCUCGCUCCAAGCUGUGUAUGUGAUCGCUUUGUACCUCACAGCGUGGCUUCUGUCUGGCUCCUGGCUUGCUGGUGCGCUCACCGGGGUCUGGUACAUCCUUAACAGGGUAGAUACUACUCGUGUAGAGUUCACCAUCUCCCUCAGAGAGAACUGGUCUUUGCCCUUCUUAGCGCUGCAGGUCACCGCUAUCACCUGUUACCUCAGACCCCAGCUCACCACAUUACAGCAGAAGGUGAUGGUGUGGCUGAUGUAUGUGACGACGUUCUGUUUCUGUCUGACCUGGCAGUUCAACCAGUUCAUUCUACUCGUUCAGGCUCUCGUCAUUUACACCCUGGACUGCGGUGACUUCUUAACAACUACACAGGUGACCACGCUGUACCUUGUUCAAGUGAGCAGCCUGCUGAGCGUGUGGUUCCUCCAGUUCUGUAACUCCAUGAUACUGGGAUCACUGGUCCUGAGCUUCAUAGUAGCCGCGCUCUUCAUCAGACAUUGCCAGCCUGGUGUAAAGACUGGAAGCCUGGUGGUUCGUUUGGGCAAAGUUCUUCUCCACAGUGCCCUGGUUCUCCUCCUCACUGUCACCAUCAACUACCUGGCCAAGAAAGCCCUCCAGCUCCGAUCAGACGAGCACAUCUUUAAAUUCACCAAGUCAAAGUUUGCUUUGGGUCCCACCAGGGAUUUUGAUGCCAGUUUGUAUCUGUGUGAGGAGGCCUUUGGCCUGCUUCCCCUGGACACACUGGAGCGCCUGGCCAGUACCCUGCUGCUGUACCCCUACGUCCUCACGCUGCUGCUGCUCUGUGGUAUGUUGGUGGCGGCAGCACUGCACAACCUGAGGCCUAGCAGAGGUUCGACGGAGGAAAGGAAAGGAGCCGGAGAGGGGCAAGUGGCGGCAUUUCGUCCAGAUGUGGCCUACAAUCUGCUGCACACGCUGUUCUACGGCCUCCUGGCUUUCAGCACAAUGAGAAUGAAGUAUAUAUGGACUGGCCACAUGUGUGCGGUCGCAGCCUACGGUGUGUGUGGGACCGAGCUGUGGACCGUGCUUCUCAGCGCUCUCCGUUGCAACACGAAACUUCUGUUGAGGCUUGUCAGAUAUGUCGUUCCUGUUGUGAUGAUCGGUUUCCUGUAUUACAAGUUCUGGCCUAAGCUGAUGGAGGAGUUAUCAGAACUGAGGGAGUUUUAUGAUCCAGACACCGUGGAGCUCAUGACCUGGAUUAGCACAAAGACACCCAAACAGGCAGUAUUUGCUGGAAGCAUGCAGCUCCUGGCGGGUAUCAAGCUGUGCACAGGCAGAGUUCUCACCAACCACCCCCAUUAUGAAGAUAAAGACCUGCGGGAGCGGACCAGACAGGUGUAUCAAGUGUACGCUCGCCGCUCCCCAGAGGAAGUCUACGAUAUCCUGAAGGCUAUUGGGGCCGACUAUGUGGUGUUGGAAAACAGCAUCUGCUACGAGCGGAGGCACAGGCGAGGCUGCAGACUGCGGGACCUGCUCGACCUGGCCAACGGACAUAUCAUGGACGGACCUGGAGAGAAUGACCCCGACCUCGUCCCUGCCACCCACCCACGUUUUUGCGAUGCCAUCAAGACGGACGCGGCGGCUUACAACGCUCUCUUUACCAGAACAUUCCAGAAUAAAACCUUCCAUGUCUACCGGCUCAAGAAGAAACGCAAGAAAAAUACGAAGGGCUCAUCAGAGCCCAGCGUGACUCAGUAGCAGGACCAGGGCUGCAAGACAACCCCAGCAGAGGCCAGAGGGGAGAGAGGAGGAGAGGACGAAAUAAAAGUGCUGAAUCCUUGCUGUUCCUCUGUCUCCUCUUUGCACUGCGCCCAGCUGUGAUCAUGGCCAUUAUUUCUUCAACACGUGGCUCUUUGGACGUGCUGUUAGAACAGCGGGCCGGUCUGUGCUUCGGGCUGCAGUGUUUUUGUGAGUGGAGAGUGGAAGCAAAUGUAGGAAUCCUGCUUUGGGCUGAUCUACGUCCACUCGUUCAGCCACCGUCCACCCCCAAAAAAGUUUAGAUGACUAAGUGAAACUUAAAGAUUGAAAUACGGAGAAGUCGUAUAUAUUUGCAGCUGAGUUCUUCUUUGCCAAUGAAAGUAGGGGCAGAAAUCGAAGAUUUGUUGAGCUCUUUCAUUUGUAGCGAUUUAAACUGACUUUUAAAAAUAUAUCCAACGUAAGAUCUAAAAGGUUCAGUUUCCACUGUAGUUCAGUUGUUUUAGGAGUAGACAGCAGACAUUAAGUAUAAAUGUCUAGUUUAUAAAAAACCGAUACAACUGAAAAGAUUACAGUCAGUUAAAAGAUGAUGUAUUUUUUAGAACUGGUUCUUUCAGAUGGGUAACGAGCCACUCCAGUCAGUCUGUUUCAGCCAUGUUCGUGUAAAGGAAGCUGGUCAUCAGCCAUCAGCCUCAUUCAUUACAUGUUCAAAAUCAAGCACAGGAAUAAGUUCAAUUUAAUAAUUGAACUUAUUCCUGUGCUUGAAUUUGAUUCAUUAAACAUACUGAACACAAAAACAUGCUUAAACAGGUUGUCAUAGUCCCAGUGGAAACUCAUGUGGCUGUUAAAUUUUACUGUUACCAUCCUGUCAUCCUUUUACCCACAAGCCUAAAAACUACGUGCCAAACCCCAACUUAACCUCAACCUGAACCUACUUUAAGCCUAAAACCAAGUUGUAACCCUCAAACAGGUCUUUGAACUUCUCUACAAAAUGUCUCAAACGAAACACAAACUUCAAUUUAGGUUUAAUUGAAUUUUUAUUUGUGAUCUGUGAGCGAUGACUUCAGUCACUCUGAUGCAGGUUGGAGAAGUUGUUCUUGAGAAAGCCGCAGUCUGCCCGUUCUGCACAGCUAGCUUUUAGACAGAAACACACACACACACACACACACACACACAGUGUGUCCUUACAGCUGUCAUCUUUAUAAUUACCUUCCUAUGAUGUGUCUGGGAGACAUCUCUACAUGGUAGCUUCAGAAUAACCUGGAUCACACACUCUGUGAACAUACACACCAUUUUAAAUUACUGUGUGAUUUCCUUCUAAAGAAUCUGUAAUAUCCACACAAACAUAGCAAGAAAAUUACGGGGGGGGGGCACGAUCAUUACUCUCUCUCCUUCACCAGAUAAAUAUUCAUUAGGGACGAUCCACCAGAACAUCAGUCCCAUGGAGAGGCCAUGUACCAGAUACACAGUGGGUAAUAGAUUUGUUAGAUCACCUGUUAUAAAAACAAAACACAAAUAUUUUAGAAAUCUGUCAAAAAAAAUUAAUUUUUUUAUUAAUUAGGCAAAUAAACUGUAUCCAAAUCUGAGCCAAGACACCUGACUUUUCAAUGAAGUCUGAAAUUCAUCAAACACUAAAAUUAAUUCUUCUGUAACUGUAAUUUGUUAUUAUUUUUUAUUUUUAUUACUCUUUUCUGCCUUUUUGUAAAAGUAAAAUUUGAAAAUUAAUGGACCAAGACAAUAACUAUAUUAGAAGAUGAAAGAGCUUGCAGAUACUGUUUUAUUAACCAUUACACAAUCCUGAAAAUGUGUUUUGGUAAUAACCAAAACUCUUUAUUUGGUCUGGUGGUGGUCUAAUAAAUUUGUUAAGCUGUGUAGCUUCUCAUUUCUGUUUGCAGGAUCUUUGUGGUUUUCUCCUCUGAUGAUCAGUCUGAGAGCUGGCUGCUAGCUGAUGAGCUCAGUUUAGCUCCCACCCCUUUCUCUUGAUUUUACUGUACGGUAUUUUUUUCUCAGGAUUGUACAUAAAAAUAAAAAUAUAUUAUUAAAAAGAAGGUUUAAGAAAAAGUUUGCUAACUGCCUUGUUAGCUUCCAAUAACUUUCAGCAUAACAUGCGUCUUGCUAUAAGAGCAGAUCAGUAGAGAGUUUAUGGUGUUACAGAGAUAAUCAUAAGCUGUUGCAGGCUCAUUAAAUUGACAGUUUAUUGCUUCUGCCAUGAAUUACUUCAACUGCCAAAUUUCUGGUAUCCAUUAUCGAGCCCCUGUACAGCUACUACACAGGUGGACUUCCUGCUGUGGGCUCAAAAGAGGUACACGGAAACCUGCACUCUUUUGGAAACUACAGACAUCUUUAAUAUACAGUCUGUGUAUUGUUGCCCAGGAACAGGAAAUGCUGAGAGUUGUUCAUUCAGUGAUUGUUUAGUCAUACUCGGCUGUAGCCCCACCGAGGAGGUCAGACCACUAGCGGAGCUCAGAUGUGGCCCCUCUGUGGUGGGGCACAUGUGGCUGCUGUGAUAAAUGUUACGAGUUACCCCAGAAAAAGAAGGAUAAUUCUGUUAGUUUCGCUUUCUGCCCGGCUGCUUAAAUGUGCUUUUGCUGUAAAACUGAGGUCAGAGUUGGUACCAAGUGGUAUUUGUGACGGUGUUGUUGUUGUUGUGAUUGCUGUCAUGUUUUUUCUCUUUCUGUGAUUCUCAUCAGCAGCAGUCUCAACCUUUUCAUUCUUGUCUCUCUGCCACACACACACACACACACACACACACACACACACACACACACACACCAAGCCACAAACACACAUGAAUAAUGUAAGUGGCGAGGAAAUUGCAGCAGCCUGACAACGGGGCUGAUUCUGAGCCACAAUCCAAAAUAGAGAGAGAGGGGCCAACACUUGCAUAUCAAACCGAGGCUUUGUGGUUAGACGAGAAAGCGGGGAGGAGGAGAGGGGAUGACAGACGAUGCUCAUGUUUAAACAGCAGCACAGGAGAAAUGAGAGCGCGUGAAAACAUGAAUUCUCAGUGAUCUUCCUCAUUUUCUUCUUUCACACCAGAGGAAAGGAGAGGAGGUGACUGAAAGGCUGGAGCUGCGUAGGUAAUUAGUGGUUGGACAAUUAGGACCCUCCCUCCGUCCCUUCCCCUUCAUCUCGGCUCAGUUUGCCUGUAUUUGUACACUUGUUAAUAAGGACCUCUGUCUUUGAUAAUCCACGCUCUCGCAGAUGCGUGAGCACUCCUGCACACGUUGUUGCAGGGCUUUUGAAAACACGGUGUUCGUUAAAGGCGAGGCCUCGUCGUGAUGCAUACCAAUCGGAUAAGCGGAACGAGAAUGCUUGUUCCUCCCGCCUCCAUAUUGGAUGUUUAAUUUAGGAGAUGUCUGAUUGCUUUAUUUGAGAGCGAAGUGAUUCCAUUAGGUUUGACUAAUAAGAGUCUACUGAUGUAAUACUUUUUCAGCAUUGUUAAUUUCCAUACAUAUUGGGUUUAGUAGCAGGCCGCUGCUGCCUAUGGUUUUCUUAAUGAAGAGGCGAUGAAGGCGGUCAUUAACCUGUGCGCACAUGUACAGUCUGCUCUGGUUUAAAGUGGAUGUUCUUGAAAUACAUUUAAGAUGCUCACUAGAUGGCUUUGUGCAACUAAUGAACUUGUUUGAAUCCAAGUUUAGUUUGAACAGUCUGUUUUUGGGACAACCGAUUUGAAACCUGGCCUCAGCCCUGAACCGUGAUGAGACUGUGUUUGCCGAUGUUAGAGCAACAGGCGGACAACCUUAUUCUUGAAGGUCUUUCCACGUGAUUUUAGAAGUCAAAGAACUUUAAUCCCAAUCUAAAAAAAUCAAACAAGAGAUGUUGGGACUGCUCCCAGGAUUGGUUUUCAUCCAUUGGACUGAAGCUCAAAUUAUCAUCUGUCGUAGAUGAAACCCAAGCAGCUCUCUACAUCGCCUGGACUGAGCCAUAAUUGUGCAGAUAUUGUGCUAUUAGCAUCCUUUGGCCUUGGUGCUGUGAUGCCAUGGUGACCCAAGGAUUGCUUGUUUGGGAUUUCUUGAUGUGCUGUUAAACUGUUUUAUUUCUACACCCAGCUCAGUAGUUUUCAUUGCUGAAGCUUAAACAGCCACAAAAUGUACAAAAUAAAUGAAAUUUGGACUUUUUCAGUCAAAGAUGAAAUUCAGUGCUGUCAAAAUCUGAUCUCCAGGCUAAGAAGCUGCAAGUUUAGCCACCUGCUUGUGCAAACUUUGCCCAUCUUUGAGCUCGCAGUCCAGUUUCAGAGUCCAGUUAUUACUUUGACUGUUGCACCAGCUCACCAGUGCCAAAGUAAACCUUGUGCACAUUUGUUACCUCUUUUUAACUGGUGUAGUCCCAGUGCUCAAGCAGAGCCAGCUCUGCCUUGAACAGAAGUGAACACCUUUUAGCGUUACUAGAAGAAAGUGGGGAACCCUAUUUAGUGUUUUAAUGGGAAGAAAUGUAGACUUUAUCUGUCAUUCAUAGGUUCCCACUUUGGGAACUACUGAUCUUUUUGUGAUGGAACCUGUUCUGGAUUGAACGCCAGCAUCACUUCUGUGAAAGAGAGGUGUGUGCGACCUCAGCAGCCUCUGGCAGGAUUUGACGGACUGAGAUGAGGAGAUGUUAAUUUCCUGGCUAUGUAAUGAUGUUGGUUGGGGAUUGAUCAGAAAUCUCUCUGCCUUGCUGGAACUUGAAUUAGAUUAGUGUGGAAAAAGUGGGAAAUAACACUGGUUAAUGCUUGACAUUAAGAGAUGCACAUGAUUGGACAAAAACAGGUGGAACCAAUGACAUUUUUAAACUAAGCUUAAGUGUGGUUUUAAGUGUUUUGCUGGCAUAUUUGAGCUGAAGAUUAAGAUUUUCAGAAAACUUUUUUUUACUCACCAUCAGCUAACGAUUCAACAUAGUCUGUUGGUAUUUAUUGUAAAUUAUCAGUCUGUCAUGUGCAAUGGUGUGCAAAGAGCAUCUGUGUCAAGGGAACACUACAGUGUACUGCACAGGUUCUUGGUACAUUUUAUUUCACCUGUGAGUGUUAAAUUAUUAAAAAGUUCACACUCACAUUAGAGUGAGCAGGAUAGGCUCUCAUACCAAAAUCUCAGCCCAGCUGGGAAGCAUGGUAGAGUGACAUCAUGGUUUGGGAUCGCUUUACGACCUCAGUAUCUGGACAUUCAGCAGAGUGACAGGGCAGUUGUUAGAGGAGGGUUUGAUCCCGGUGUCUACACACUGCUGUUCAUGAAGACUCUGGCUGACAUUUUGACCCUUUGUCUCCAGUUUGCCUGAGGACACAUGCAGACUUUGUCUAAGGCAAGAACUUCCACUUCAUGCAGUGUGACAUUAAAGGUGUCUUGGGUGGAGCAAACAACCCAAAAAGUACAGGAAACAGAAGUUUGCAUGAAAUAGCAGGAAUGAAGUCUGUGCUGUGUUAGACACCGAAUUAGUUUACUUUUAA